AUGAAUUUUUAUUUCCCUGGGACCUACACAGAAUUGAGAGAACACCAUUUCUAAGAAAAUUAUAAAGUUAAAUCUAAGAAUUAAGUGACUUAAAUGGAUGAAAGACUAAUAUUAAUGCGUAUCAAUUAAUUUUAAGAUGGGUUCAAUCAACUCUCAACAUUAAUUGAAGACUCCUAAUAUUUUGAUUUCCUCUACUAUUUAGUUGAGUAAUCAUAUGAACUAACCUUAGAUAUUUGGAUUAACAUCCAAAUCAAAAAGUAUAAUUAUAAUUGGUUGAGAUGCUUUCAUUUCAAAUUUAAAAAUUAUACCCUGAUCAUCCUUAAGCCUUUAAAAUGACACUUUUCUUAUUACUUAAUUUAUUGCAAUAGAAGCAAAUUUAAGGUUAAUAAGUGAGAAGAGCUUUAAAGAUUUUAUAAUAAUUAUUUAGUUUGAAUGCAUUCCAUGAUCUAGGUAGAGAAGGAAGCAGAUAUAUAUUUGAUUUAAUUAAAAUGGCUUUAGAAAUUAAAGAUGCUCAAAUUAGAGAAGUUUGGAUAGAUAUUUUAGUUUAAGCAAUUGUUUAAUGGCAAUCAUAUGAUUUAAAUCUUAAAAACAGAAUUGUUCAUUUAAUGUAUGAAUAAGAAAGUGUUGUACCCAACAUAUCUAAAUUUUUAUUAGGAUGUAGCAAAAAUGAAAAAUUGAAAUAAUACACUGUUGAUCAAAUUAUUUUACUUGUUAAUUACAUCACUGAAAAGUCAACUAAUUAAACUGAGAGUUUGGCAGUUAAAAAUCUCAAAGAACUUUUAUCUUAAACAUCUAAAGAAAUGCCAAGAGUUUAUUAUUAAUAAUUAUCUGCUUUCAUUAGUUUAUAUGAUAAUGAAAAUUAUCAUAUUAGAAAUGGAUUAUCAGAAUUAAUAACAAAUGUCAUUGAAUAUUUAAUCAAAGAAUCUAAAGAUUAAGAUAGUGAUGAAUUAUAAUUAGCUAAUGCUAAUAAUUUAAUUAAAUAACUAAUUGAUAGACAUAUGGAUAAAACAGCACUUUGUAGAUCUAAUGUACUUUAAUGUUUAUCAUAACUCUUAAAUGCAAAUUGUGUACCAAAAUAACAUUUAUAAACCAUAUUUGCUAUAUCAUCAUCUAGAUUAAGAGAUAUCUCUGGAUAUGUUAGGAAAUCCUCUUUAUAAUUAUUGAAAUCUAUAGUACGUUAUUAUAGAUUUUUAUAUGUUCAAAGUUAAGGAAGAUAAGAUUUUUGGUCAUCAAAUGAAGUUGAUGAAUAAAUUAAUAAAAAUAAAGAAGAAUUAUAAAAUGUACACAAAGAUUUUGAAGAAAUGGAUAAAUAGUUUUAAAAUGGAGAAAUUACAUAAGAUAAUCUUAAUGAAUCAGUUAAAUUUAUUAAAAAGAAGGCUUAAGAAACUAUUAAAAUAUAAGAAUAUUUAGAAGAAUAUUAAUAAUUUUUAUAAGGAAUGAAAACGGUUAUUACAUAAGUAUUGCAAUUAUGUUAAAGUAAAAAUUAAGCAGAUGUUAUUCAUUCUAUUAAACUAUUCUCUUAUUUGUAAAAGUAUCAUUAUGAAUUUGCUAAUUAAGGAUUACGAAGAAUGAUCUUACUUGUUUGGUCAUAAGAUAAAACUAUUUAAUAAGAAGUAAUUAAGAAAUUUUGGAAAUUAUUCUUAAGAGACACUAAGAAAACUAGAUAAAUUGUUCUUUCUAUUAUUGAAAUAAUUAGUAAAUCAAAUUUAAAGGAAUUAAUUUCAUUAGAGAAAAUAAUAUUAUCAUAUGAAACUGAAUAAACACCUAAUUAUAAAUUUCCAUCUAAAAUGUUCCAUACUCUAUGGGAAUAUUUUGGUAGUCAAGAAAUAGAUUAACGUUCAAUGCUUAUUUUUGUUAGAAUUAUGUUAACAAGAAAUUCAUCAUAUUUAAAUUUAGAAAAGGUAGCUUAAAUUUAUAAUUUAUUAUAAAAAUACAGCAAGAAAGAUCCUGAUUGGAUUAUAAUAAAGGAACUUGCAACAAUAUUAUCUAAAUUAGAUAGAACUUAAGGUAAGAAUUAAGUAAAUUUUAAUAAAUCAAUAGAUUUAUUAAUAAUAUUAUUGAUUAAAUAUUAAAAUUCAUUAGAUAUGAAUUAUUUUAGUGCAUGUGAUUCAAUAAUUUAAUUGGUACCAAAUGCUGAGAAUCCUGAAUUGAUUUUUGAAACUCUUUUAUAGGAUUUAGGUUUUAAAUAAAAUAAAAUGGAUUUAGAAGUUGAAGAAUAAAAAAAAAUAGAAGAUAUACAUUUAGCUCAUGCAAUAUAUAUAGCUGGUUCUGUAUCUCUUUAGUUACUUAUUUUUAUUGAUUCAACUCAUAAUUAAUUAAAGAAUUUGAAAAAUGAAAGAGAAAAAUAAAUAGGAAAGGAAUAAGAAAUAGAUAAAAUUUAAGGAGGAGUAGAAGGAUAAUUUGAAAAGUUACAUGGAAUGGUUGAUGAAAUUUAAGAUUUAAAAUUAAUUUAAAAGAAUUUAUUAUCAGUAUUUUCUCCAAUGGUAAAAUAAAUAUUAGAAGAAUGUUUAAAUUAGAUGGAAACUGAAGAAACUCUAUCUAGAUAGUAACCACCAAUUGUACAAGUAAGUUUGAUAACAAUGUGCAAAUUUAUGUGUUUAUCUGAAUCUUAUUGUAGAGAGAAUAUUUAAAUGUUAUUCAACAUUAUGAAGUAAUAAUAUAUUAUAAUAUUUAGAUCUCCUCUUGUAGAUUAGGUUAUGAAGAAUAAUGUAAUAAUUAGUAUUGGAGAUUUAUUACAUAGAUGGCCUAAUACAAUCCAAAAAUUUCAUAAAUAAAUCUAUUCAAAUUUAUCUGAUACUAGUGCUGCAGUGAGAAGAGUUACACUUUUAGUAUUAACACAUUUAAUUUUGAAUGAUAUGGUUAAGAGCAAAACAUCAUUAUCACAUAUACCAAUUUUAUUAAAUGAUCCUCAUCCUUAAAUACCUGCCAUGGCAAGAUACUUUUUAAAUGAAUUAUAAAAAAAAGAAUAAAGAGCUAUAUCUAAUGCUAUUCCAGAUAUAAUAUCAAAUGUAUAAGAUUAGAAUGAAAACAUUCUUUCAUAAAUAUCUUAGUAUAUUGAUAAAUCACAAAUUGAAUCUAUUGUUGAUAAAUUAAUCACUAUUCUAGGAACUAGUACAAGUAUUUAUAUAACUUUAUUAAUAAUAGAUUAAUAUGAAAUUAAAAAUAUUUCUAUACUUUUUAAUAACAUUAAUUUAACUUAAAAUUCUCUAUAAAAAUUAUUAGAUGGAUGGGAGGAAUAUAGGGAAAAAUUAACAGAUUAAUUUGUCUUUAAUUAAUUUAUUUCUUUAAUUAAGAAGGUAUAAUUGUUUAUCAUAUAUAAAUUAGCUCAAAAGAAUAUUGCCUCAAGAUGCUAAACCAUUAAUUGAAGAAUACGAAAUGAAAGUAGAACACCAUGAUAAAGAAACUUUUGAAAAUAGAAGGAGAGAAAAAAUAACUAAAAAAAAGAAUGCUAAAUAAAUAUAAGUUGAAAAUAAUGAUAAGGAAUAAAAAGAAAAUAAAGCAGGAAAUAGAUUAUAAUAAUAACAAUAGAGAAAAAUUACUAAGAAAAAAAGAGAAGAAGAUUAUAUGGAAUUAGAAUCAGAUUCAGAAGAAAUUAGCGAUCAGUCGUUAAUAAUUAAAAAAUAGACAAGUUAACGUAGAAAAAAAAUUACUAAUAAAGAUGAAGAAGAAUGAUUUUACAAAAAUUUUAUAAUAAUUUAU